GAGAACGCAGCUAGAUUGGAUGCGGCCUUCCACUGAGCCCCUGCUUCAGGCCCCCUGAGCAAUGGAUGCUCCCCGCCCAGCUAAGACUCGUUGUGCCUGGCACCCCUGUCUCUCUGGGCUACUCCUACAGCUGCUGCUGGCUGUGUGUUUUUUCUCCUACAUUCGAGUGUCCUAUGACAGCCCCGGUCCCCUGGCUCCCAGUGCCUGGGAACGUGCAGAGUCCACCCUGCAGUCCCCGGCCCAGCGUCCCCUGCUAAUCUUACUGUGGACCUGGCCCUUCCAUAUCCGAGUAGCCCUGUCCCCCUGUUCCCAGAUUCUCCCUGGCACAGCUGACUGUGAGCUGACCGCCAACAGGGCGGUGUACCCACGGGCAGAUGCCGUCAUCGUCCACCACUGGGAUGUCAUGUCCAAUCCCCGGUCCCUGCUGCCACAGUCCCCGAGGCCACCAGGCCAGCACUGGGUGUGGUUCAGCAUGGAGUCACCCAGCCACAGCCUCCGGCUGGCCGCCCUGGAUGGCUACUUCAACCUGACCAUGUCAUACCGUAGGGACUCUGACAUCUUCAGCCCCUACGGCUGGCUGGAGCCAUGGUCGGGCCCAGCUGUCCACACUCAGGUCAACCUGUCCACCAAGACACAGUUGGUGGCCUGGGUCGUGUCCAACUGGCGUCCAAACUUGGCUCGGGUUCGCUACUAUGAGGAACUCAAGGUCCACCUGCCCGUGGACGUGUAUGGCCGAGGACAUCUGCGGCUUCCCCGAGGGGACAUGAUGGCCACGCUGGCCAGGUACAAAUUCUACCUGGCCUUCGAGAACUCUCAGCACCCAGACUACAUCACAGAGAAGCUGUGGCGGAAUGCAAUGGAGGCCUGGGCGGUGCCUGUGGUCCUGGGGCCCAGCAGGAAAAACUACGAAAGCUUCCUGCCCUCUGAUGCCUUCAUCCACGUGGACGACUUCCCGCGUCCCCAGGAGCUGGCUCAGUACCUGCUGGAGCUGGCCAAGGAUGAGCAGCGCUACCUCACCUACUUCCGAUGGCGGGAGAGGCUGCAGCCUCGCCUGUGGAGCUGGGCCCUGGCCUUCUGCAAGGUGUGUCGGAAGCUGCAGUGGGACCAGAGGUACCAGACGGUCCCCAGCGUGGCUGCGUGGUUCACCUGAGCCUGCUGUGGUACAGCAGAGAGGAGUGUCUCCCACUUCAAAGCCCACUGGGUAUCAACCCUCUUUACUCAGCUGCUCUGACACCUAAUUCCAAUGCUCUCAUCUUCUGGGGACCAGGCUUUUCAGGGAACACAAGGGGCUGGGGCUGGGGAGAUGACUUGGUGGAUA